UUGGAAGCCGAAGUGGAUGAGCUGACACAGUGAAGCGAAGACGUGCUCCAAAUGGCGGCAACGCUUCCAACGAUCAAAUUCCACAGUUCUUUCAUCCCAAAUCUUUCCGUCUGUAGGACAAAUGCUCAUAGUAAAAGUGCUUCAACCGCCAAGAGGCGUGAAAUUGGUGGAAGAAUGAUCAACGUAGCUGAGAAUUUAAGCUUUUGCUCGAGAACCGGUCCGAGAAAUGGAGUUUUGAGGAGAGAUUUAAUGUUCAUUGGGCUCUCUGCUUCAAUCUGUCUAAUUUUCCCAACUUUAGGUUCUGGCGCUGAGGAAGAUUUGAAAAUGGAUUUACAAGUAGAUGAUGUAAACGCUUAUUCAUAUAUGUAUCCGGUUGAAUUGCCUUCCAAAAAGUUUGUCUUCAAAUGGGUGGAAUCUAGAAAGCCGGAACGUUAUUCAUCAGCUGCACCAUUGUCACCUGAUGCACGCCUUCGUAUUGUGUCUGAGAGGGUUGAUUUUUUUGAUAACCUUAUAAUUUCUGUAACGAUUGGUCCACCAAAUUCACUGUUUCUGAAACCUCAAGAGAAAAGCACAUGGAAUGCUAAAAAUGUUGCUGAUUCAGUUUUAGCCGACAAGUCUGCUCUGCGAGUUACCUCUAGCCAGCGUCUGGAUGAAAGUUCAAUUCUUGACACAAAUUCUUCUUCGGUUGAUGGUGUACCGUAUUGGUACUAUGAAUAUUUGGUUCGAAAAUCACCAACCAAAACUGCCCUGGGGGCUAACCUUUACCGACAUUUUGCUGCAUCAACAGCUGAACGCGAUGGUUAUUUGUACACGCUCAGUGCUUCUACUCUGAGCAAGCAAUGGGACAAAAUGGGACCAUUCUUGAAGAAAACCGCAGCAUCGUUCCGGCUUCUGCCGCCAUCGGAGAACUAUGUUCCUCCUUACAAGGAUCCCUGGAGAUUUUGGUGACAAGAAUUUUCUGUCUUAUUUCAAGAAUACGGCUCUAACUUUAUCUAAAGAAAUUGCAUAUUUGAAACA